AUGGCCACGACCGAAUCCAAGACAGCUUCUCUGGCAGAAAUCAACCGCGUCUUCUGGGAUGCGAACGCACAUACCUUUCUAGAUCAAGACUGGAUCAAAGUCUUCUCCGAACAACUCACCCGCUUCCUACGCACCCAGGCCCCGAACCUAGGUCUUCGGCCCCGGGAUACAGACCCGUCAAACCCCGUCCGGCUUUUAGAUUAUGCUUGUGCCUCGGGCGGUGCCUCCUGGGCCCUCAGCCCUUACGUCGACUCGAUCCUCGGCAUCGACAUCGCGCCCGCCAUCGUCCAACGCUAUAAUGAAUGCGCGGCGCGGCUGGGAUACGCUCCAGCGCAAGCCCAUGCCGUUGCCGGUGAUUUGGCUUCGGAUGGAGGGUUAGCUGAGGAGGGGGUAUUUGAUGUGGUUAUCAUAUCGAUGGCGCUUCAUCACCUUGAUGAUCCGUUGGGGAUGUUGAAGUUGCUUGCGAAGAGGGUGAGGGUUGGUGGUGUGUUGAUUGCUGUUGAGGGGGUGGAUUGUAAGCCCACAGGGCUGGAGGCGGAGGGAGAGAUGCUCGAGAAGGGGGAGGGAAAGGGGGAGCACGACGUUCUCAAAACUACGAAUCAGCAUCUGGUUUUCAGCGAAAAGCUUUUCAGGGGCUGGUUUCUCGAUGCUGGGUGUGAUGAGAGCAAGUUUGUAUAUGUUGAGAAUGGAGAGGUUAGUCAUGUUCCGGAGGAGGUUUCUGGGAAGGCUGGUGGAUUGGAUAGGAAGAUGGUCAUUACUUCUUCAGUGAGAAAGGCGUGA